UUGGAUUCGUUAAUUUACGGUGGCGCCAAAGAGAUCCUCCGGAAAUGGAAGCGGAAGAAAUCGUAGAGCAUCGAAACUCGAUUGUGGCUCCGUCCAUUUUUUUGAUCGUCAUUGCUUUUCAGUUUCUCGCCGGAUGGCUGGAUCACCUAAAGAAGCGAGGUUCCAACAACCAGGUGGAAAUGGAGUUGCGCAAAUCAAUAAAGCAACUUCUGAGGGAGGCAAGCACCUUAUCUCAACCAUCUACAUUUGCACAAGCUGCAAAACUUCGGAGAUUGGCUGCCGCUAAGGAGAAGGAACUGGCAAAUUAUCAAGAAUCACGUAGUAAGAAGGUCAAGUCGUCAUAUGGUUUAUAUAGUCGAGUACUGCUGAUAUCAAAGGUUUUGAUAUAUAUUGUUCUGGUUUGCUGGUUUUGGAGGGCUUCUGUUGCCACUGUGCCCCAUCACCUUGUACAGCCAUUUGGAAGAUUUUUAUCUUGGAGGGCUGGAGGUAUCGUAAAUGAUUACGUGAAGGUGGGAAUCAUACCUUGGUUGAUACUAUCGACAAGGGUUAGCAAAUUUGUAUGUCGAGUCGCCAAUUAAAAAGUGAUUGAAGGUAAAAUGUGAUGUUGAUGAUCACAUGCUCUGUAAAUUAUUUGGCAAGCGCGAUGUUUUCCUAAAUUUCAGUGCAGGGAGGCUGGAGAAGUUUAUACAGCCCCCACCACUUUUUCUUUUUAUGUUCAAAUGAGCUUCAUCAUUGUCUUUUUUCCCCUUUUUUUCUCUCCCAUAUAUUCCAUUCAUUCUUUUUUUGGUGGACUCUUGCUCUUAGGUAUCGUUUAUAUGUUUUUUUGUUACUUCAUAGAAUUAUGAUAUUCGAUAUAUAGCUUGGUUGCA